AUGAAUAAUGAGGUCGAUUUAUCAGAUCAUGUGAUAACUCCUCUUCCAAAGGUUAAAUUCCUCAUGGUGUUUGUUGGGCUUACAUUCGGUAUUUUCUUGGCCGCAUUGGAUCAAACCAUCGUUGCUACUACUUUAUCGGCAAUCGCUAUUGAAUUCUCGGCGCUCGAUCAAAUUGCGUGGAUCGGAACCGCAUAUUUGCUUACUGCGACUGCAUUUCAACCUACGUACGGAAAAUUUGCGGACAUUUUUGGUAGAAAAAUGGCUUUUUUAUUGGCGAUUUUCUUAUUUGAGAUUGGGUCGCUCAUUUGUGGAAUUGCACCAAACAUGGUGACUCUAAUCAUCGGACGUGCUAUUGCUGGAGUCGGGGGAGGCGGUAUCUUUGGAUUGGUUUUUAUUAUUAUUGCCGACAUUGUUUCAUUGCAAGACCGUGGAAAAUAUCAAGGGAUGGUUGGUGCUGUCUUUGGAAUUGCUUCGGUCAUCGGACCAUUGCUUGGGGGCGCGUUUACCGAUUCGGUAACUUGGAGGUGGGCAUAUUAUAUAAAUCUUCCAUUCGGUGCCGUGACUGUUGCUUGUGUGAUUUUUUUCCUCCAUUUGCCAUAUCCAUCAGGAUCAAUCCUAGAAAAAUUAAAAAGAAUAGAUUGGUGGGGAACAGUAGUUUUAGUUGGCGCAACGGUAGCAUUAUUAUUGCCGUUAAAUUGGGGAGGAAGUAGAUAUGAAUGGAAUUCACCAGUCAUUAUAGUUUUAUUGUGCGUUGGGGUUCUGGGAUUUAUUGCAUUCGGGCUCGUGGAAAAGUAUAUUGCGGUUGAACCAAUCGCUCCUGGACGAUUGUUUAAGGAUAUUACGGUCGUGGCGUGUUUCGGGGUAAAUUUCUUCCAGGGAAUGGCAUUCUUUGGAAUGGUUUAUUAUAUUCCUUUCUACUUCAUAAAUGUAAGAGGCGUUACAGCCACACAAGCAGGACUAGAAUUAUUGCCAUUGAUUUUAGGAGUAGUCUUUUCAUCAAUAUUUUCGGGACAAUUAGUAUCACGUACAAGUAUGAUUUCAUAUAAAAUAAUAUGUAUCGUAGGUGGUAUAUUAAUUACGAUUGGAGCUGGAUUGACGAGUACUUUUAACGAGACUAGCUCGAGAGCGGAAUUCACCGGAUAUUUGUUAAUUGGAGGUAUUGGCAUAGGCAUGAUAAUGCAGACCACAUUUUUAGCUUCACAGCAAGUUGUGGGUUAUAAAGACAUCGCUAGCGUUACUUCUUUACUGACUUUCUUUAGGACAAUAGGAGCGGUAUUUGGCGUAGCAAUUCUUGGUACAAUUUUCACCAAUGCAUUAAAUAGAAAUUUGCCACAAGAAUUCCAAACUGCUGGUGGUCAAGGAUUUGGAGAAAAGGAUUUAAUGAAUGUUCCCGAAAGUGUUAGAACAAUUAUUAAGCAUGCAUUUGUGUUAUCUUUGAGUCUUGCAUUUAAAGUUGUAAUUGCGAUGGGAGCAUUGACAUCGAUUUCUGCAUUAUUUAUGAAGAAUAUUAAACCUAGUAUAAUAAAAGGGUAG